CGUCAUCAGUCAGCGACACGGAAGCCGUAUUUGUUUACCACUUUCUGCACGCACAUGAAUGCAAGAAAUACUCGAUUUUAAGACAACUUAGAGGCGUUUCAAUCUUUUUUUUCUUUUCUAAAUAACCGUUAACUGUGUUGUUUUGUAUGAAUUCAACAUGAGCGGCGGCUUAGCACCGAGCAAAAGCACUGUAUAUGUGUCGAACCUGCCAUUUUCUCUCACCAACAAUGAUCUCCACAAGCUGUUUACCAAGUAUGGAAAAGUGGUUAAGGUUACAAUCGUGAAGGAUAAAGACACUCACAAAAGCAAAGGAGUGGCGUUCGUUCUAUUCCUGGACAGAGACUCGGCUCAUAACUGUGCAAGAGCGGUGAACAACAAGCAAUUGUUUGGCAGAACUGUAAAAGCCAGUAUUGCACUCGACAACGGCCGAGCGACAGAGUUUAUCAGGAGGCGCAACUACACAGACAAGAGCAGGUGUUAUGAAUGUGGGGACACAGGUCAUAUGAGCUAUGCAUGUCCCAAGAAUAUGCUGGGAGAGCGAGAGCCGCCAAAGAAGAAGGAGAAGAAAAAGAAGAAAAAAGCUCAGCAACUUGAACAUGUCGAAGAAGAGGAACUGGAAAGUGAAGAAGAAGGAGAAGAUCCAGCACUUGACAGUCUGAGUCAAGCCAUAGCUUUUCAGCAAGCGCGUAUUGACGAAGAAGAGAAGCAAAGAAAAAGCACGGCUAUGUCCCAGGAUGACAGCCCUCAUCCUUCGUCCUCCUCAGACUCCAGGAAAGUACGGAUCAAAAAGAGCGCAUACUUCAGCGAUGAAGAAGAGCUUAGUGACUAAAGUGAACCUUUUGCUCGCUUGUACAUACAUUUGUUGUAAAUAAAAACAUGUCAUGUG